AUGGGUGAUGUUCAUAGGGUUAGAUCUGCAAGUGCUUGGAAUCUAAAUCAAGGAGUGUUAAAUUCAGCCUUUAACAAGUCAAUAUUUGAUCGGCCAUUUAGUCACUUUAUUAGAGUUUUGGUAGGUCUGGAUCUCACAAAGGAUUUCAGUUACAAGAUUCUAGUAGAAAGGGCAGGGUUUGCUUUCUUUGUGGAUAUUAAAUAUGAUAAGGUGGAAGGAACAAAUGGUGUUGAUAAGAGCAUCAACUUGCUUAUAAAUGACAUUGAAAAUGCUACCGAGGUUAGGGAAAGUGAUGAUAACAUUGAUAGUGAAUUUUUGGAUGCCACAAAAAUGGAUGAAAACUUUUAUGAUUCACAAGCUAUAGUAGGAUAUGAUAAAGACAAUGUCAAAGACCUUUUGGAAAAAUCUUGGGCCAAUAUGGUUGAGAUGGAUGAAGGUGAAACUCAAGAUGAUGAUACUUCUAUUGAUGAUGCCUUCAAAUUGGUAGAUUCAUAA